CCGGGGUCCAACUGUAGCAAGGGUCCGUCUACAUCACGUUCUUGAGCAGCCAGAAGAAACGCCGCCGAAGAGCUGAUCGCAACCGCCAAGCGCAACCAUGAACGGCACAGAGGGACCUUAUUUCUACGUCCCUAUGGUUAACACCACCGGCAUAGUCCGGAGUCCUUAUGAAUACCCUCAGUACUAUCUAGUCAACCCGGCGGCCUACGCCGCCCUGGGCGCCUACAUGUUCCUUCUCAUCCUGCUCGGCUUCCCCAUCAACUUCCUCACGCUCUACGUUACCCUCGAACACAAGAAGCUGCGGACCCCUCUAAACUACAUCCUGUUGAAUCUGGCGGUGGCUAACCUCUUCAUGGUUUUCGGAGGAUUCACCACAACGAUGUACACCUCCAUGCACGGCUACUUUGUCCUGGGACGCCUCGGAUGCAACCUGGAAGGAUUCUUUGCCACCCUCGGAGGUGAAAUUGCCCUCUGGUCCUUGGUGGUUCUGGCUAUCGAGAGGUGGGUGGUCGUGUGCAAGCCCAUCAGUAAUUUCCGUUUUGGUGAGAACCACGCGAUUAUGGGUUUGGCCUUCACCUGGUUGAUGGCCUGCGCUUGCGCCGUGCCGCCCCUUGUCGGCUGGUCCCGCUACAUCCCCGAAGGCAUGCAGUGCUCGUGCGGAGUCGACUACUACACACGCGCCGAGGGUUUCAACAACGAGUCCUUUGUGGUCUACAUGUUCUGCUGCCACUUCCUCACUCCCCUGACCGUCGUUUUCUUCUGCUACGGCCGUCUGCUUUGUGCCGUCAAGGAGGCCGCCGCCGCCCAGCAGGAGUCCGAGACCACCCAGAGAGCCGAGCGGGAAGUCACCCGCAUGGUCGUGAUCAUGGUCAUUGCCUUCCUGGUAUGUUGGUUGCCCUACGCCGGGGUGGCCUGGUGGAUCUUCACACAUCAGGGUUCAGAGUUCGGACCGGUCCUCAUGACCAUUCCGGCUUUCUUUGCCAAGAGCUCCGCCAUCUACAACCCAAUGAUCUACAUCUGCAUGAACAAGCAGUUCCGCCACUGCAUGGUGACCACCAUGUGCUGCGGGAAGAAUCCCUUCGAAGAGGAGGAAGGGGCGUCCACGACCAAAACCGAAGCCUCCUCCGUCUCCUCCAGCUCUGUCUCCCCAGCAUAAAGGCCCGUCCGACGCCAUGCAACACUAUCUGAUCCACUAUCUGAGAAGAAGACUUCUGCUCCCCCCCCCAGGACGCGACUGAAGGCUAACCUCCUUUUUGUAUUUUCACCAACGAGUUGGUUCAACCUAAAGACUGUUGCAGGAAAGUCCGGCCCAUUUCAGAGUUGUUCCUGUAUGUACAGAAUAUCCAACGUAAAUAUUUGUUUCCCUUAGCGGGAGGGACAACUAUCCUAAUCAAUAACAGUUGGAUCCUAAAUCAUACUGGCUUAUUUUUGAAAGUAGAGGCAUGUAAUCAAGGCAACUUAAAAUAAAAGGCACUUUGCAUUUGA